GAUACAACCCACCAAGGUUUACGCCCCACCCCCCCUCCAUAGGGCAUUCCGAGCUCGCUACAUCCACAAACGCCCAUUGGCCAGAAGCAGGGCCCCGGUAAAUCCCCUUGCGGGACAGCCAAAAUUACUGAAAGAUUACCUACCGUACGAUGCUCGCACGGCUGCACCUCUUCCCUUUUCCCUAUUCGCCCCCGCUGAUCCCGGGUUCCGUUUCCCUACCAACGGAAACACCGGUGAUAGCUCUGAUAGAGUAUAAAGUAUCUGGAUGCCCCCCCCCCAAAAAAGCUCAAUCUGCAACCUCCGUUUACACCUACUCAAUACAAUUGUUGUCCUUCUCCUUUGUCUUCAGUCUUAGCUCUCCACUUCGUAAAGUCAGAUAUCGCAUCAUAAACAUGCCUGAAUUGUCUGCAGCUCGUUAUGGAAAGGUACUAGUGCAUAGAACGAGUUGCCCUUUGUGCUGGGCAAGUAGCUGAGGAUGGAAACAGGAUAACAUUCGUCUCUACAAAGUUCACCGCGAUGAAGCUAGAGGAACUCAUACUGUCACCGAAAUGACUGUGUGUGUACUUUUGGAGGGAGACAUUCAACCGUCGUAAGCCUCCUAGUCCCACGGAAGCUUCGCGUUCACUCACAAUGCCUCCAGGUACACGGAUGCAGACAAUAGCGUCAUUGUAGCUACAGACUCAAUGAAGAACACUGUUUACUGUGAGUUCCCUGUUCCGAGCUUACCCUUGAGAGCCUCGGUUAACUAACUGCCAGAUUUUCAGUGCUCGCCAAGCAGAACCCAGUAACUCCACCAGAGCUCUUUGCCUCGAUUCUGGCCUCUCACUUUCCCGCAAAAUAUCCCCAUGUUCACGCUGCCCAUGUAAAGGUUAUCGCGCACCGGUGGACGCGUAUGACAAUCGACGGCAAGCCGCACCCGCACUCCUUCCUUCGGGACGGUGCAGAGACUCGCAACGCUGAAGUUGUAUGCAGACGAGGAACGGGUAUUAUCGUGAGGUCGGGAAUUCAGGGAUUGCUGGUUCUCAAAAGUACCGGUUCGGCUUUCCAUAGCUUCAUUCGGGAUGAAUACACCUCUUUGGAUGAAACCUGGGAUCGUAUUUUGAGCACCGAGGUGGAUGCCAACUGGGAAUGGCGUCCGUUCAGGACAUUAAAUGACGUGAAGAGCAAUAUCCCACUUUUCGACAAGGCUUGGGAAUCUGCACGAAAUAUCACUCUUGAAACAUUUGCAAACGAUAACAGCGUGAGCGUCCAGGCUACCAUGUAUAAAAUGGCCAACGAGAUACUUGCCGCCGUUUCAGAGGUGAGCAGAGUUGAUUAUUCUUUGCCGAACAAGCACUACUUUGAGAUCGGUAAGCCAUUUCCCGAGAUAUGCGGUUUGUUGUCACUUGUGGAUUGUCGAACUUACCUGAUGUAAUGUUAGAUAUGGAAUGGCAUAAAGGGCUUAAGAACACCGGUAAGGAUGCCGAGGUGUACGCACCUCAAUCCAGUCCCAAUGGUUUGAUCAAAUGCACAGUCUCUAGAACCAAGACCUCAAAGCUCUAG